AUGAGUUUCGACUAUAAACAAACCGAUUUUGAGAUCGAGAAUUUGGGAAAUAAACAAGAAAGAUCAUGGAUGUGUUGGGGCAAAACUCGGUUUUUGAUAUUGCUCAUCGGAUUGGUUUGUAUCACAUGCACAAAUGCCAACAUGAUUCUGAUGAAUUUCACUGUCAUUUGCAUGAAUGACGUCAUCAGUGAGCAAAAAACUUAUACGAACGGAACACACUGGUUAGAAAAAUCAUCCGAUAUUUCACUGACGUUUUCUGCAGCAGCAGUUGGAGCAAUAUUCGGAACGAUUCCAGCAGUUACAUUCAUUGCAAAAUAUGGAAUACGAAGAGUUCUGACUGUGUACGGUAUACUAUCUGCUGUCGGCACAAUUCUGAUGCCAUUGGCAGUGAAUUAUGGGUUGAUUACAGUGCUUAUUGCUAGAUUGUUUCAAGGAAUUGGUGCAUCCGUUUUAUAUUCUUCGAUCGGUACAAUUUCUGAAUCAUGGAGUCCGAUUACAGAGAUUGGAACUUUUGUGGCGUUUCUUUCAUCUGCUUUUCAGAUUUCAAAUAUUGUAACCAUGCCAACAGCUGGAUUUCUUUGUGAAUCAGCUCUCGGAUGGCGGUCGAUUUAUUACAUUUUUGGAUGGAUUACUGUAGUUUUCUAUCUCGUUUUCUUUUGGUAUUACAACGAUGCUCCGGAUAAGCAUAAAAACGUAAGCUCAAAUGAGCUGAAGAAGAUUCGCGACGGGAAGAUAAUCACAUCUUCGACAUCGAAAACUGUACAAAAUGUCAAAUUUAUUCAAGUUUUCACGAAUUGGGAAGUUUUUGAAAUCACUUUGGCGAUAAUUGGAGGAAGUACCUCAGUCAUUUGUCUCAAUAACUAUGGACCUAUUUAUCUAAAUAAAGUUCUUGGUUUGAAUAUUCGUGAAACUGGAUAUUCAAAUGCAAUUCCUUAUUUCUUCGCAGCAAUUGUAAAGUUCGCUGCAGGACCAAUAACAGAUAAACUUGCUCAUAUAUCUGAAAGAAUUCGAUUAAUUAUUUUCGCAUUGGUUCCUCAAAUAACAAUGGCCAUUGGAUUUCUGAUAAUGUCGUUUACAACUCAUGUGAUCAUUGCUCAGGUUGCAUAUACAUUUUCUGUAGUUUUGGCAGGUUUGAAUGUAAUCGGAAUGGUUAAAUGUGCUCAAAUUGUUGCCGAAAAGCAUUUGACACUAAUAAUGGCAGUAAUAUCAAUGAGUUCUUGGGUAUCCGCAUUCAUACUUCCAAUCGUCAUCGGCGUGAUUUGUCCGACGAAUUCUCACUCCGAGUGGUCCCGUUUCUAUUUAUUUGUUGCUAUUUUUGUAAUUUUGACGAAUCUCCCAUUUCCGUUUCUGGCCAGAGUCAGCGGAAGGAAACGAGUAUCUCCUGAAACGAAAUUUUGA